CAGUCACACUUCACGGUGCCCGGUGCACGAACAAGGACUAUUAACAUACAAGUAUACCGUCUUCGCUUGGUAUCUGGCACAAGUGCAGCUGUCUGAGUUGUAAAAUGGCUGGUGUCUCAGAUGAGUUCAACUGUGCUAUUUGUCAGGACCUUUUGAAGGACCCAGUGACUCUGCAAUGUGGACACAAUUACUGUUUCAGUUGCAUUACGGAGUACUGGGAUAAAGAGGAGCAGAGCUGGGAUAAAGACGAGGAUAAAGGUGUUUACAGCUGCCCGCAGUGCAGACGGACCUUCACGCCCAGACCUGCGCUGUCUAGAAACACAAUGAUGGUUGACAUGCUAGACAAACUGAAGAAAGCCGAGCCCCAGCAGAUCGAUAAGGUAACGCCGGAUGUUGCUGGUGGACCCACUGCUGAUGUGAAAUGUGAUUUUUGCAAAGAGUACAAUGCUGUCAAGUCGUGCCUAUCAUGUACGCUGUCCUUUUGUGAAGAGCACAUCAAGCCUCACUACGAAGUGCCUCACCUAAGCAAGCACAAGCUGGUGAAUGCCACCUCACAGCUACAGGAGAAGAUCUGCUCUGAGCAUGGCAGGAUCAUUGAAGUGUUCUGUCGGACAGACCAAAAGCUCAUUUGUUUUCUCUGCUCCGUGAACGACCACAAGGGUCACGACACUGUCCCAGAUGUCGAAGAACGAACUGAAAAACAGAAAAGGUUGGAGGAGAUGACGAGGAAAAACAAGAAUCAGAUUCAGCAGAAAGAGAAGGAGCUGCGAGAUGUCCAGCAGUCCCUAAAACAUCUAAGGGCCUCUGCACAGCAGACCGUUGAGGAAGCUGAGAAGAUCUUUGCUGAGCUGAUCAGCUUCAUGGAGCAGAAACGCACCGAGGUGACAGAGUCCAUCAGAGUCCAGGAGAGGGCAGAGGUGAGUCAAGCCGAAGGACUCCUGGAGCAGCUGGGGAGGGAGAUAGCCAAACUGGAGGGAAGAGAUGUUGAAAUGGAGAAACUGCUACAGACUGAGGACCAUAUCGAUUUCCUCAAGAGUUUUGGUUCCUGCGGCCCUGCUCCUGUGUCGGAGAUAUCCAGCGUAACUUUCACUCCAAACGUAUUCUCGACUGACGUCAUGGCACCAGCUCUGAAGGAGCUCAGCAAGAUGUCCCUGCAGCUACAUUCAGAAGUCAAAGCUAAAGUCCCUAGCUCCCAGGCUGAUGACUGCUCUCUUCCCACUAUAAUGAAAGCGAUCAGGACUGGAGACAGAGUCAGGUUAAAGUCCUCUGCUGGUCUGACAGUGCGAUUGGAGAUGGUGGGCGUUACUCACGGGACUGUAGGUGAGGUACUAGACUGGAGCCUACCUGUACCAGACCUUGUUGUUCAGUAUCCUGAGGUGACUGUGGAGGCACACAGCUCGGACUAUGAACUGGUCCCAUGACGCACCACAUGCUACAGGACCUACUGUAUACCGCUCAUAUAGAGUGCGUUUUAAUAUGCGACCUUGCCUCCUCCACUUGCUUCUCGUCAUGAUGACAUCACUGACAACAGCAUUAUAUUUCAAUAUCUUGCAAAAAAUCAAUUGUAGAGUCUUUUUAUCAUUUGCAAUUGGGAUGGUGAAUGAAAAACAGUCCCUCAAAAGUUGUUGUGGCUAGGCUGACAGCUGGGAAACUUUAUCGUUUUCUCCACGGAGGAGGGGCCAGGAGGCGGGACGAGGAGACAAGCGCAAGUGGAGGAGGCAAGGUCGCAUAUUAAAACGCACUCUUAGACGGGCCCAGAGGAGAUUUGAACACGUACCAGGACCAGUACCAGAACAAUAAUACCACAACUGACUUUAAAGGUGCACUGUGUCGUGUAUUUUUAGUAGUUUAUUUCCAGAAUUUAUGCUGCCCAUUCACGAACAUUACCCUUUUCAUGAAUACUUACCACCACCAUCAAAUUCCAAGUAUUCAUUAUGACUGAGAAAUGUGCUUUUCAUGCAUGAAAAUAGCCUAGAGAUCUUCUCCAUUGUCCGCCAUUUUCAAUUUCCAGAAAUAUACAUUUUUAGCUGGAAAACUUACGGUGCUUUGGUCAAUAUUAGUUCAUUAUUUAGUAAAUAUUCAUGAAAAUUGAUGAUCAAAUUUGGCAGUAGACAGCACAGUUUCGAUGAGCAGCAUAGUUACA